AUGGAAACUCAAACUGGUUGUACCUUAAAGUCUCUUCAAUCUGAUCAUGGCAUGGAGUUUAUGUCAUAUGCUUUCCAAAAUUUUCUUCAAUCAAAUGGCAUUAGACAUAGACUCAGCUGCCUUUAUACACAUCAACAACAGGGAACGGUUGAAAGAAGACACAGGACCAUUGUUGAAACUGGUCUUUCUCUCAUGGCAACUGGAUCUCUUCCCAUGCAAUUCUGGGAGGAUUCUUUUGCCACUGCUGUUUAUCUUCUUAAUAGGCUGCCGUCAACUGUUCUUGGUAAUCAAUCACCAUUUGAAAAAGUUUUUAAUAAGAAACCUGAUUACAAGAUGCUAAAAAUUAACUCCAUUCUUAUUUUCCUAUCUAUCUUCCAUCUUACACCGACCACAAUACUAGCCGUAGCCUAUCUGAUUCGCCGUCGCCAUGUGAGCAAUGUUAAUCCGAACCCGGAAAGGGUACUGGCAAUCCCUGUGAAGAAGAGUGAUCCUGUGGAUCUGUACAGGCCGUUACGACAGUUCGUAGCCACAAAAUAUUCAGAGAGCGAUGCACAGAAAGUGGAAAGCGUUCUCGAAACCCUAAACAAAUGCCGCAGGGACAUGGUGGAGCGAGGGGACCUCUCCCUUCCUAAGCAACGUGACUGCCUCAUCCACUACUUCAAAUGUCUCUGCAUGGUUGAGCCACUCUUCACCGCUAUCUCCUCCGACGCCGACUCCGACUCCGACCCGAUCAUCUUUGUCUGGUACGACGCCUUCAACCCUAAGCAUGAGAAUGGGGUCUCCUCGGAGCGCAACAGCAUCCAAUUGGAGAAGGCUGCUGUUCUCUUCAACCUUGGAGCCAUACACAGCCAGAUUGGGGCCUCUUGCGACCGCACCACCGCCCUUGGCCGUCACCUUGCAAUGGAAGCCUUCAAUGCUUCCGCCAAAUUCUUCUACAAACUCUGGCAGUAUUUUGCCAAGGACGUCUCCGCCACUCUCGACUUGACUGUCCUCUUCGCCGAGAGUCUGCACUGGCUCUUGUCCGCUCAGGCUGAGGAUCUCAAAUUACAGCAACGACUCCACCACAACAACACAAAUGACGACGCCAGUUCUGCUCUCGAACAACAUCAAUGUGCCCUUGCGUUUGAAUAUGUUUCUAAGCUUUAUCGGGCGGCAUGUGAUCUGAUACUUUGUGAUUCCGUUGCAACCGCAGUUGUCGUCUCAUUUGACGAAACCUGGAUAACUCAUCUUUCCCUGAAGGUGAAAUUCUUUGAAGUGGAGGCUCGUCGGAGGCGAUCAUCCAUCCUACCCAAAUCCGAGCGACUCCCAUUGUUCCAGUUUCGUCCUCUUGAUGAUAAUGCAGAGUCUAUCACUGAAAAAUUAGUUACAGGGAUCUGCCACCAGUGGAUACACAAUCAACAUCGAAUCCCAUACAUUGACCUCUCCCUUUCCGAGUACAGCCCUUUCAAGAUUAUCGAUGGUGGAAAGCUGGUGGCUUACCCAUGGGACAUGCCUCCUCCUUAUCCAACAAAUUUGUCAAUCCUCUCAUCUUCGUCUUCGUCUCAUGUUCUGGCAUUCCCUUUGAAGAAGUGUGAGCCCUUGGAUCUAUACGAGUCCCUGCGCAAUUAUUUUGUCCUCAAAUACUCUGAGAGCGUGGCAAAGAGAGUAGAAGGCCUUCUCCAAAUGCUAAACAAAUUGCGUGAUGAGAUGCAGCGUGAUGACAUCUCUCUACCCGUUCGCCGCGACUGCCUCAUCCGCUAUUUCAAAUGCCUUUGCAUGAUUGAGAACUUGUUCCCCAUGACUUCCUCACCCAAUCCACCUAUCUUUGUUUGGUACAAUGCCUUCAACCCACAAGAAGACUCUUCUCAGCACAACAUUCAUUUGGAGAAGGCCUCUGUUCUCUUCAACCUGGGAGCCCUCUGCACCCACAUUGCUCUCUCCUGCGAUCCCACCACCUUCCAAGGCCAUCGCAUUGCCAUCGACGCCUUAAAUGAUGCUUCAUAUUGGUUCUACAUGCUAAAUUCUGAGACUAAGAAGGCAUCUGCCACUGUUGACUUGUCAAUAAACUGCACCGAUAUGCUGUGCGAGAUAAUAUAUGCCGAGAUUGAUGACUUGAAGUUCCAUUCACCUCUUUCCCAGUCUGAUCGAUCACCAUUAGGUGGAUUUGUUGUUUCUCAGCUUUAUCGGCAAGCUUAUGAUCUGUUGACAUCGGGGCCUUUAGCUGAGAGUCUCGUUCAAUCCUCGAUACCUCAAUAUCUCGAGUCGAAGAUGCAAACCCUCCAUGUUAAAACUGCUCCUAUUGAUGUCACUGACCAAUUUCUUUCAGGGUAUUGUACGGCUCAAUCCCUUCUUCAACAGGGAUGUCAACCACUAUGCUUGGACCUUCUCUCCGAGGCUGGCCCUGUCAUGAUUAAGGAUGGAAAUCUUGUGGCCAACCUUAGAGGCAGUAAUGUUGCCAUUGGAGGAGAUGAGCUCCCAGGUGAUCAUACCACCACAAUAACAUUACCAUAGAGAUAAACUAAACAGGCUUUAGGAUUUUUUUUCCCCUUUUUUAAGUUGGAUGUUGGAAUUUUGUUCGUUGAUGCUAGAACUCUGUUUGUGAAUAUAUUAUCCUCAUAAUUUUG